AAAGACAAAAGAGGUAAAGCCUCUGAAGCCGGUGAUCUGCCUCGUUAUUUCACAGAUUCCAUGUGCCACUGACAUCGCAUCGAGGGCGAAUAGGAUGUCUGUCUCUGGAAAAAAGGAGUUUGACGUGAAGCAGAUCCUCAGGCUCCGUUGGCGCUGGUUUAGCCACAGCACUCAGACCUCAGCUGGGAACGGGGGCUAUAUUCAGCAGGAAGGUUUUGAUCACCGGGGAACACCGGUCCGGCUGAAGAGUCACUCUCGGGACAGAGGAGGACUCCGUAAGAGCAACAGCCCGGUGCACAGCAUUCUGGCUCCGAACCCUGGACCCACAUCGGUUUAUGCCAGGUCGGGUAAUCAAUCAUGGCACCAGCAAAACAUCAUCCAGCAGCUCCAAGCUAGCGAGGAGCUUCCCAAGAGCAACUCACCUUGCAAAGAGGAGGCGAAGAGCGGCCAUGAGGAUGUGAAGAGCAAUUCGGAGGAUCCCUCUGAGGAGGAAGCCACAGACAGGUUGGCUUUGAGCAGUUUCUCUAGGAUGAGCUCCAACUGCUCAGAUGAGUUUUUCCAGGCCACAAACCAUGCGGAACAGACCUUCCGAAAGAUGGAAACCUAUCUUCAGCACAAGCAACUGUGUGAUGUACUUUUGAUAGCUGGAGAUCACAAGAUCCCUGCACACAGACUUGUCCUGAGUGCAGUUUCAGACUACUUUGCUGCCAUGUUCACCAAUGAUGUGAGGGAGGCCAAACAAGAGGAAAUUAAAAUGGAGGGUGUUGAUCCUGAGGCGCUGAGAGCACUGGUUCAUUUUGCAUAUACUGGAGUCCUGGAGCUAAAAGAGGAGACAAUUGAAAGUCUUUUAGCUGCCGCUUGUCUCCUCCAGCUCUCACAAGUUAUUCAGGUCUGCUGCAACUUUCUGAUGAAACAACUGCACCCGUCCAACUGCCUGGGGAUCCGUUCAUUUGCUGAUGCUCAGGGAUGCACGGAUCUUUUGAAAGUCGCUCACAACUACACUAUGGAACACUUUCUCGAGGUCAUUCAAAAUCAGGAGUUCCUCUUGCUGCCCACAAUGGAAAUUGUCAAGCUUUUGGCCAGUGAUGACAUCAAUGUUCCAGAUGAAGAAACGAUUUUCCAAGCCCUGAUGAUGUGGGUUCGCCAUGAUGUGCAGCAUCGACAGCAGGAUCUGGGAGUGUUGUUGGCAUAUAUCCGACUUCCUCUUUUACCACCACAGCUUCUUGCGGAUCUGGAAAACAAUAAGAUGUUUUCUGAAGACCUGGAAUGUCAGAAGCUCUUGAUGGAAGCCAUGAAAUACCAUCUUUUGCCAGAGCGCCGUCCUAUGUUACAGAGCCCAAGAACCAAACCACGAAAAUCCACUGUUGGAUCACUGUAUGCUGUUGGAGGGAUGGACGCCUCUAAAGGGUCUACAACAAUAGAGAAAUAUGACCUUCGCACAAACAGAUGGAUUCAAGUUGGCGUCAUGAAUGGGCGAAGACUUCAGUUUGGGGUAGCAGUGAUCGAUAAUAAACUCUAUGUGGUAGGAGGACGAGAUGGGCUCAAGACCUCAAACAUGGUGGAGUGCUACAACCCAAUCACUAAAGUUUGGUCCACCAUGCCUCCAAUGUCAACCCACAGACAUGGACUAGGAAUUGCUGUGCUCGAGGGCCCCAUGUAUGCUGUGGGAGGUCAUGACGGAUGGAGCUAUUUGAACACAGUAGAAAGGUGGGACCCGCAGGCCAGGCAGUGGAAUUAUGUGGCCAGCAUGUCGACCCCGCGCAGCACUGUCGGAGUCACCGCUCUCAAUGGAAAGUUGUUUGCUGUGGGUGGUCGCGAUGGAAGCUCCUGUCUGCGAUCAAUGGAAUGUUUUGAUCCUCACACUAAUAAAUGGAGCAUGUGUGCACCCAUGUCCAAGAGAAGAGGCGGAGUGGGUGUGGCCACAUAUAACAGCUUCCUGUAUGCGGUUGGUGGACAUGACGCUCCAGCUUCAAGCCAUUGUUCAAGACUGUCGGACUGUGUAGAGAGGUAUGACCCUAAAACAGACACAUGGACCACAGUAUCCUCUCUGAGCGUCCCGCGGGAUGCAGUGGGGGUUUGUCUUCUGGGAGACAGGUUAUAUGCAGUUGGAGGCUAUGAUGGUCAGUCCUACUUAAACAGUGUUGAGUCCUAUGAUGCACAGAACAAUGAAUGGACUGAGGAGGUUCCUCUAAACAUUGGAAGGGCAGGGGCUUGUGUGGUGGUCGUCAAACUGCCUUGAAGGCUCAGAGUCCCCGAACUGUGACCUCUAAAAGAGGCCUGCGAUGUCAACACUUGGAAUGCUCUUUUCUCGUAGUACACAAAGAUCAUCAAAGCUAUCAUCGACACUGGACUGACCUCAACAGAUUGCAGUUCAUUCUGUUUUUUCGCCCGGCACUAUUACAGAGUAGAAAAAAAGGAAGAAAAAAAAAAUGCUCUUAAGAUUUUACUUAUACGAGGCAGUUUCAUGUUUUAUAUUGAGAGAAAAGAAUACUUUUAAAAAUGCCUUUGAGUUACGCUUUUCCAUUUUAAUAUUUACAUCCUGUUAACCUCGUCACAUUUUUGACAUUGCUCUCUUUUAUCUAUAUGAAAAAUCAAAUGUAUUUUAAAGACAGCAUCAUACUUGUUUACUUGUGUAAUUUUGUGGAAAAAAUGUAUUUUGACCUUAGAUAAACAAUUUUAAAAGACCACUGUGAAUACUUCAAAAUAUACGCUCGCAGCUAAACAUUCGGGUUUGCCCAAAAUGUUUGUGGACAUUCACUCACGCAGUUCUCAUCCGAAUACACUUUUUGUCUGAAACUAGGUUCAGUACAAAAUGACUUUGCAAAGUUGUCUUUGAAAUAGAAAAAAAAUAAGCAAAACAAAAAAACACCAAAGUAAUUAGCAUGUGUCGGUAAGUCAUGAUUUUAAUGGUAAUAAGGUUUACAGUAGAAAAUAUACUAUUAUAUCAUAUUGAUAUUUCACCUAUAUGUAAAGGUUUUGUAAUUUGUAUUGUAUAUAGUCCUGUGUACAUUAUCAUCAUGCAUACUGACAAACUACAGUAUAUGUUUGAAUGCAUUAUUAAAUAUUUUAAAGACCCAAUGAAAUCAUUUGACAAACUUGUGUUGAAAUAUUCCCUAUUUUAAGCAGAUGUUUGGUGGUAUAUAUACGUUUUUAAAUAUAUUCAAUAGGCUUUAGUUGUUUCAAAGCUAUGAAAUUUCAAUGCAUUUCUGUGAUAAUUCAUAUUACAAUUACACUAGCAAAUAAGGCCUUGACACAUGAAGUAGAAAGUCUGAUUAUCUCCGGUAGACCCUUUUUUGGCUAUUCCAGACAGAAGAUGAUCAACAUGAAACAACCAUGAUGAUUCUUUUUUGUGUUCAUGGCUCCUGUGAUCCUACUUUAUGCAAUAAGAAUAGUUCAAAGAUAGAUAUUGUGAAAGUCAUGCAACCGAAGAGAGUCAAUGAACAUUUUCUGAUAGUGUUUUAAAAAAAUAGAAUGAUCAAAGUCUGUAGACUCAUGAUCUACUGAUCAACCUAUAAACUGAAACAUGAAAUGGUCUAUUGGUGAACAUGACAUGGUGCUAAAAGAAAUGAAGACAAAAAUAGAUAAACUCAAUACCAGCAUGUGACAUUCCAAUAUAAAAGAAAACACAGCAUAUGUGUUAUAGAUGUGCUUUUCUUAAUAAUUGCAUCAUUGGACAGCCUAUAUACACUAUAUUCCUAAGUAUCACAGUGCAAUUUUUGAUGAUCUUACAGUAUAAGACUGCUGAAGUCCAUAGAACUAUUAAUUCAGAUCCUAUCUGUACUUUAUGGUCGUCUGUGGACUAGAUUGGUUGUUCAGUUUAGGGAAUGAGAAAGCAAACAAAGAAUUCAAGACAGCACAGACAGAAGGCUGUCCUAAUUUUAUGUUGUCUUUCCUGAGCAUUUAAAUAUGUGAAUGUCUUCUUAAUGACAUGAGCCAUCUGGAAUGAAGAAAGUGAUCAACAAUAUUCCUAUUCAAAAUGGUAAGCAAGCAUUGCUAUAUGGCAGCGCCUUUGAAAUUGCAUACUGAGUAGGUACUACGUUAGAAUUUUUCCGUUCUUCACUACUGUUUUUUAAAAAUGUUUUGUAUAUUAUGAAUAUGGGUAGAAUGAAGGAAAUUUGGACUUACUAUUUAGUAUACUAUACAGUAUAUACCACUUAUCUAUUGGCGUUUGUUAUUUUAUUUCACUGCCUGUUGCCUCAUUGGAUAGUACAAUGCACAUCAGUAUCUCAGAAAUGGCAAGUCAUAAUUACCAAAUACUAUGAAUUCUGAGAGUGCUCUUUGUCUUAUGUAUGUCACAUACUUUAAAGUAGGGAUGUAUUUGAUUUCAAAUACAGCUCGAUUUCACUUCUGCUAAUUGUCCAGACAAGUACAGGUUAUUUUCUUCCUGCAGAUGCAGACUCUACCUGCAAGUUGUUUAGCUGACACAGAUACAGUCACAUUUUGGUGCAUCAUGGCCCAUAGAUGACAAUAAAAAUGACUGACAUGUACUAAAUGCCACACUUGAUUUCAUGGGGUCUUUUACCGCAAUGUCAAAUUCAGCCAUUGCAACUGAGUUGUAUAAAUGACUGCUUUGUGCUGUACUGACAUUCAUUUGCUUUUUGACUGCCAUAAAUUGUUUUAUUGAAGAGCCUCAUUAACUGGAAUGUAACAUGCUAAUCAAUAAUAAGUUUACUAGUGUGAUGCAUUUGUAAUACAGAAAUGCUUUCAUUGAUUUUUUCAUCAUUUUGUAUGGCAUGCUGAAGAAGUUAGAAAUAAAACGUUAUUCUCUUU